UCUAGUGGAGUCCCCCCGGCUUGCCGCUGGAAAGUGCCGAUAGUCCGAUAUACCACCAAUACCAAUACCCGAACACACUUCACAUGGCGUCGUAGUCGGCAUUUGAAUUAAACGACGCGCCGAAAAGAAAAGUUGCAUUUGUUCGUAUCUAGUUUGCUAUGUUUUCGUUCUGGGAACUGUCAAAAUUUGUAGAGGUCUAGGCUGUCGACUGGAUUUAGUAAAUUAUCAUCGCUCGCCGGGAGCAGCUGUGCCUACAGCUUGGAAAAUUACAAAUAUUUCUGUGUUUGUGAAAAUUUGUACAUAAUACAGUACAUAUUUUUGGUCGCGUUUUCGGUCGAGUCCCGUUUUUUCCCGUAUAGUGUAUUGUGUAUUCUGGGAAAAGUCCCGCUCCGCUGGGUUCCCGCAAUGAAAUUGUGAUUUUUCUACACAUAACCGCAUCGCAUCGCACCGCACGCACAAACUCACACACAUUCACAAUGGACAUGCGCAGCUGGCGCAAGGUCCUACUCCAGUGGAUUGGCGAGUGCCAGUUCAUCGAGCCCAACUACAUUAGCUUGGAGCAAUCGGACAUCGAGUCCUUCUUCGCGAUCUUCAUUCAGAAGAUCGAGGAGGCGGAAACGGAGACGGAAACGGAGAAGGAGGAGGGGGAGAAGGCGCUGCAGGAUCAGCCCAAGGAACACCGCCUCUUGUUGCAGGAAUUCCUCACAAAUAACUAUCCAGAGUUCAGUGCCCACUUGGAUGACCGUGGAUACUUGCUGCCUUCGGAUUACCUCUACGUGUAUACACUGCUAUUACAGUACUCGUGCGUGAAGAAGCCUAGCAUGUUCUUCCACGGCCUCUGCAAUAAGAUGCCGGAGCUGACGCAGACCUGCAUCGCGUCCUUCCUUGGUGAGACCGUGGACAAGCAGUUGACGCGACAAUAUCUACGUCAGGCGAUCGCCAACGUGGCAGCGGUUUACCGACAGGAGGUUUCCGCCUCAGUCAGCCCAUGUCAUCCCAGCAGCAUCCCGAUUCCCGAUCUGGGGGGCGAUGAUACGCCGUGCUCACCCUCGCCCUCAUCGUCACAGCCGUCCAGCAGCACGCCACAGUUGCACAAUCAUCGCGAACGUCUUCGCCUCCAGAUGUCUGCCUCCGAAAUGCCACCUCCUGCGACCCCGAAAACAGAGCUUCUGGAGCAGCGCACCAAGGAGCUACGCGGUAUUCGUGCCCAACUGGAGAUGGUGCGUUACGAGAAGACCGUGCUGGAGGAGCAGCAAAUAGAGAAAGACGAUCUCAUCAAAGUACUCAAAAAAGAGAAAAUGAUGGCCAAGAUUGAAAUGGAAAAACUGAAGAAUACAAAGCUGGCCGAAGAGCAGCUUGAUGACGAAAACUCCGUCAUGCCACAUGAGUAUGAACAUAUGAAGGUAACUCUCUUAAAGGAAAUCGGUCAAAAGGAGGACGUCAUCGCCGAGAUUAGCGAUAAGCUGGAUGAUUUGCGCGCCGAAAAGUCUGGGCUGUCCGAGAGGCUGAAUCUGACAGGAGAACGAUUGUUGGAGUAUGCGGACCGCAUCCGAGUGCUUGAAAGCCGUGUAGAAGACUUGUUGCGUAUCCUAUCGUUCAGGGACGAUAGAAUCGCGUCCCUGGAGCGCGAAAGGCAGGAAUUGGAUCAGUGUCUUCAAUUAGCACGCGAGGAGCUGCACGGCCGACGUGAGGUCCUAAACGCCUCCUCGGAUUUGCUAAACUGUUCUCUGUCGCCGAACACCACACCCGAGAAUCUGGCCAGUUCUGUGAUUGACAAGCAGCUACGCGAGAAGGAGCAUGAGAAUGCCGAGCUGAAGGAGGAGCUGCAGAAUCGGAACCAUUCCCAGCUGGAGCUAUGCCGGGCCCUGUCAAAUUUCCUUCAGAAGCACAAAAUCGAUCACGAGUUCCCGGUAGAAUGGACUCCUUUGUCCCUGUUGUCCAGCAUUUCUGCGAUCGAGAGUAGCUUUGUUGAUACGGUGAGCCAAAAUACGCAAAUGAAGAAGGAAUGCGACGAUCGGGCUGUGUACAUCGAAAAAUGCAAAUUUUUAUCAGAGUCCCUGGAGUGCCAGCAAAAACAGCUGGAUGAGGCCAAGUUCACAAUAGCGGAGCUGAUGGAAUCGGCUGCGGAAUCGCACCGUGAAUAUGCCGGCAUUCUGAGUUUUUGUGAUUUGAAGGUAGCCGAUAUAAGAUCGAAAAACAACAAACUGCAGUUAGACAAGGAACGACUUAAUAAAAAAUGCGCUGAGCUUAAAUUGAUCGUUGCCCACGGCGAUCAACACAUGGCGAAUAUCAGUCUGCAGCUAGCCGAGAAAGAACAGAAGAUGAAAGAUUUGGGCGCUGAAAUCCUAGAGCUGCGGGAAAGGAAUUCAAACCUUGAAAAAAUGAUCAGCGAAGUCGCAGAUCAAGAAAUCAAUGCGAAGAAUUUGCAACACUGCAAUGAGUUUGUGAGAUCCAAGUAUGAAGAGUGCCGUAAAGAACUAAUUAUUAAGAACGCGGCACAAGAUGAGUUUGCCAGGAUGCUGAAGGUGCGAGACCAUGCAUUGGAGACCAUGCAUUGUCGCAUACGUCAGUUGAUCGACCUGGAGGUGGAACACGAUAAACUUAACUUGAUGUACGCACAGAUGGUGAAGCAAUUCGAUGAGCUAAGUGCUCAACACGCCAAGCUGAUGCAGACCAAUCUGGAGCUGGGUGAGAAGGAGACUGAAAUAGAAAAGCAGGCUGCACAGCUAUUGCAAUUCGAUGAGCAUAACAAGAAUGUUGAUCGUUUCCUGACCCGCAUCUUUACUCUCUUGGGAGGUAGCAAAUGUCACAUAUCCUCGGCUAUCUGCUCAGCCAGCUCCAUGGGAUCGGUGCAAAUCGAACAGCGGUUUGAGGAGAUUGAAACGUUAAUUGAGGGUGCAUUGCUGUCGUCUGAUGCUCUUAGGGGGGAAAUGAAUGAUCUUCAAGCCAAAAACGAAGAGCUCGUUUUGAAGAGCACACAUGGAGAAAAUAAGCUAAAGAGUAUCGUCGCGUCUAUGGAGGAGAACUCUGAAAAACUGCAGGAAGAAAUCUGCAGCAGCAACCAAAGAAUAGCCCAGCUGGAAAAUGCUCUAAGCGAGGAGCACAGCAAUGCGGAACAAGUGGCACAGAGGCUACACAUAGCGCAGCAGGAUAUAGAACAGUACCAUGUGGAAACCAUGAGGCUUUUGAACACCAUUGGGGAUCGCCUUCAUCAAGAUUUUGAUGGCGUUAACACCCCCCAGCAGCUGCACAAUUGUAUGUCCCAGUUUUUGGAAAUCUAUGACCAGCUCGCCCAAAAUAAGUCGCAAAUGGAGCAGGAAGCUGCCGAGCUGCAGAAAGAGGUUGCUCGUCAGCAGGCUACUAACCAGCAAUCAGGUCCCUUGAUAAAACAGCUGAACGACACCAUCCAAGACCUAGAGAGGGUCAAAGCAAAGCUAAGCGAGGACAACUCUGUAUUGCAUACUGUGCAUUCGGAAAUGAGUGAGAGUCUGUUAAGGGCGCACAAUGAGCUGGAAAGUCGCAUAAACAGAGUCGCCGAAUUGGAGGCUUCGGAAAAGCGCAGUUCCGUGGUGUUGCACGACUGUAAAAGACAGCUGGAGGAACUGAAAAAGGAACUUAAGUCAUAUAAGAUGAAAGUUGCCAAGAUGAAAGCUGAAUGCGACAAAGAGGCCGGGACGAAAGAAGAGCAAAUUUCCGAGGUAAAGGAAAUGUAUGAAAAACAGAUGGCAAUUCUUAAAGCUGAAUGCGGCACGCAAACCGAAGAAAAGGAGGGCUUGCAAACAAAUCUGGAGGAAACUAAAGAUAAGCUGUUCAAUUUGGAGGAAAUGUGCAAGAAACUAGCUAUGACUGCUAGAGAUGAGCACGAACCCCGUUGCAAAGAACACGAUAAGCGCUGCGCAGAUCUUAGAAAUCUUUGCAAGGAGCUGGAAGAGCAACUGGAUAACAACGAACGCGAAGUCACAUUGGAAUUGCCACACUGCUUCACGGAUGAUCUGUUUAUGCUUGAAAGCGAAGAGGAACUUGACAAGAAAAUUAAGUGGACCGAGAACCAACUCGACAAAGUGUCUCAGUCGUAUCGCUUUUCCUCAGCGGAAAUUAAGAGUCUGCAAACUAAGCUGCAUGACCAAGAACUCGCGGAGCAUCUUAAAAUAAGCUUUGACAUGAUCAACGUGAAGAAUAAAUUCGAAAGCUGUUUACUUUUUUCGACCACACUGGCAGAAAAGGCUGUCAAGGUCAAGGAGGAAUUUCUAUGUAUGCAGGCAGAGGCAGAACAAAAGCUUGUAGAAACCCUGAAAGUGCAGCUCGACAGGAAGGGGGAAGAACUGGAUCUGGUUAAGGCGGCCCUUGAGGCACAGAAGAAGCAUUCAGAUGAUUUGCAGAGUCAAAAGGAAUCUGCACAGCGAGAUGUCUUCACGGCUAAGGAGCGCUUAGUGAAGUCAGAGCGCGAGUUCCAGGUGAACCUGGCCACCCUUGAAGACCAGAUAGAAACAUUGGAGGAGCGCCAGGUCAUGGCGGAAACUGAGCGUGCGACCGCCUACCAACGGAUCAACCAGUUGGAGACGCUUAACCAGGAAAAGGAUGACACGAUCAGUAAACUGCAAGGGCAAAUCUCAAAUGUCGAGCAACUGAGGCAUCAGCUACAAUCUGAGAUGGGUGGCCAUAAAUCGUUGGUGGAACAACUUAACCGAGAGCUGGCGGAAAAAGCUAGUGAGUUAUUGGAUGUACAGAAGCGCCUGCGGACCGCAAUCGCCGAGUGUAACCAGGCCAAAGAAGAACUAGACCACAUCUCUGACAGACCUGAGGUUGUCGAACUGCAGCAUCGUUUGGCAGAGGAGACUGCCGAGCGUAAACAGGCCCAGAAGAAGCUGGCUGAGGUCACCGAUCGGUUAGACGAAGUUGUCCAGGAGUUGGACGGCACGCGGUUUGAGCAUGACGCCCAGAAACUCAAGUUCGAGGAGAAGGUUCGUGAAGCUGAGAAUAACAAUGUCGAGUUGACGAAGAGCGUCGAACUGUAUAAGCAGCGCCUGGAUUCUCUUGAGCGGGAGCUUGCCGCUUGCAACGAAGAGUUGGCCCAUCUAAAUUCCGUCCAGGCUAACCAGACGGAGGCUUCGAGGGAUCUUGGCGCCACAUAUAGCACGGCUGAUAGACGCCACACGGAAUCUGACCAGGAGACGGCGAGGAGCCACAAGCUAGCGCUGGACUGCCAGAUACUGCAGGCCAAGUAUCGCGAUGCCAAGGAUGAGAACCAGCGCUGCGAGCAGAAGAUGAAGGACCAGCGUCUGGAGAUGGAGGGCAAGCUGGAGAAGAUGAAAAACAAGAUGCGCUCCUUGUACACGGCCGAGGUGACGCGCAUGAAGGAGAAGCAGGAACGGGAUGCGUCGAAGAGCGCGGCGGAGCUGGAGGCACUCACCGCCCAGAAUGCCAAAUACGAAGAGCAUACACGCAAGCUGUCCAACCAGAUUGUUCGGUUGAACGAGAAGAUCCUGGAGCAGCAGAAGCAGCAUGCCAUCAUCAGCACCAAGCUGCGCCACCUGCAGAUGCAGCCCAUUAGCGAAACGAAACCAUCCACCACGCCGCUCACCGUUUCGUCCAGUUCGGCGGGGGCAAACGAUGACUGGCAGCCCUUCAAGCGGCCCAAUGUGCCGUCCUCUAAUCUGGCUAUGGAAGAUGAGGAGGGCGAGGUCUUUAACAACACUUACCUCACGGAUCUGAAACUGGGCCGUGUUCCGGCAGAAAUGACAGCCGAGGAGCUGAUUUAUCGAAACUCAUUGCAACCACCGCAUCUGAAGAGUACUUAUGCUGCCCAGUACGAUUUGGGCAGCCAGGACGAAGAUCUCAAAGACGGACCCCACAGUCUGGAUGACAGCAUGAGUGCUUUGCUGAGCUCAUCGAGCACCGGAACGCGCAAGAAGUCUAUGGGCACUCACUAUAAAAGACCAGGACCGCCCACACCGAGCAAGAACGGCGGCCGUCUAUCGUUCGGCAGCUCGGAGCCGCCACGUGAGAUACUGCGUGAAUUCGGCGACCAUAACAACACAUCCAAGACGCCGGCGCGCUUCAAGUUCCUGACGCAGCGAUUCAGCGUUGGCAGCAGCGGUUUGCCCCGGGACGAGCUGCCGCGGCUCAAGCGGCCGAAUCUUUUGACCGGAAUACACCGCCGUAAAUUGCGCCAGGCGGUGGACAUGUUUUGUACAUCAACGCCCCGCAAAAGCCGCUCCUACUACGAUCAGCAGCGUCUGAUCGGCGCCAGUGAUGCGGAACAAUCAGAGGAAGAGAUUGAAGUGAAGGCAGAAGCAGUACCAGAGUUAGAUCCUCUUGAAGACGCCGACCAACAGGGCACGCCGCACCUGUCCACUGCAGCAUUGCUGGCCCUGACCAAAGGCAAUACCCGUCGUCUUACUGGCCCAGCUAAACCCAAAAAAGGACGCGUUUCACUGUCGCUCCAUGGCAACAUUUUUGCCAAGAGCCGGCCAGCGUCGUUAGUAUCCGGGAAAAGGGUGCAGCUGCGCCGCAAGUUCCGCCGUGAGCGGAUGGGCCGCUUCGAUGAGGCCCGUCACCUGGACCAGUUGUGCCUGUCAUACUCCGCUCAGACGGCCGAGUCAGCUGGGAAUAACAAUUACAGUCUGCACAAUCGCAAUGAGGAGCACCUGCCCAGCCAGAUCCUGAUGGGCAAGACGGUGGUGCUAGAGGGCAAGUGGCGAAACAGUCCGGUCGUGUCCACCACAUUUGACGGGGAGGAGCACGACGAGACCUCGCAGCUGCAGCAGCAAUUUGAGCACGAAAACUGUGCCCUCUGGGCCAUGCAUGCUGGUGAGAGUGCGAUGGAGGAGACCCCGGACGACUGGCACUUUGAGCAGCUCUGCAAGGAGACAGAAUCCACGGCACCCUUUCAGCUGCAGCCGUUGGAGUACAAGCCGGUUGAGGAGCCAGUGCAGCCAACAUACACCCAACUGGUGGCCUCUGGCAGCAAUAUCACCGCGAAUAGCUGCACCACCAACAUGACCAGUGCCUCUUCAUGUACCGUCUAUUCGAUGGGCAGCGUGCACAUGCAGCCGCUGCCCAAGAUCAAUAUCACCUAUGUCCAGCCGCACUCGGACUCGCUACUGCGCAGGCCCACACAACACCGCUCGCUGAUGGCUCAGUGCCGGCGGUUCCUACGCCAUCUGAGCCGGGGCGCGCGCUUGGUCGUGGGCUUCGCAUUGCUGGUCAUGGUGGGGCUGUCCUCGCAGCUGGCGGACAAACUGGUGCUGGCGAUCACUGGCGUCUUGGCGGGAAUGGGGCUCGUCUUCCUGACCUAUUCGAGUCCCGGCAAACCAAAGCACUGGAAAUCGCACAAAUCUUCCUAAACUACGUUGUAUGUUCGUUAUGCGUAACCAUGUCCACUUGUUCCUUUACAGAACUCGCCGCCCAAGCGACGCCUCAGCAACAUGUUCAAGCGCAAGUAGGCGUGGUCGCAGUCGCAGUCGCAGUC